CUCGAAAACUAAAAAAAAAAAGACUCACACUCAAUGGCCGACAAAACCGAAUCAAAUGAUUUCACUUCCCAUAAACACCCAACUGUUCCUCAAGUCAUAGAGGAACUUAAAGAGCUCUGGGCUAUGGUUUUACCUAUCACUGCAAUGAACUGUCUAGUCUACGUACGCGCCGUCGUGUCUGUUCUUUUCCUCGGACGGCUCGGUAGUCUAGAGCUAGCCGGAGGAGCUCUCUCAAUCGGGUUCACCAACAUCACAGGGUACUCUGUUCUCGUAGGACUCGCCUCGGGUCUCGAGCCAGUGUGUAGCCAAGCUUACGGAAGCAAGAACUGGGAUCUCCUCACGCUCUCUCUUCACCGUAUGGUUGUGAUUCUCUUAGUCGCCUCUUUGCCCAUUAGCCUCCUUUGGAUCAACCUCGGACCCAUCAUGCUCUUUAUGGGCCAAGACCCUGAGAUAACCGCUACAGCCGCUGAGUACUGUCUCUACGCUCUCCCUGACCUUUUGAUCAAUACUCUCCUUCAACCCUUACGGGUUUAUCUAAGGUCGCAGCGUGUGACGAAACCGAUGAUGUGGUGUACCUUAGCAGCUGUGGCGUUCCACGUGCCGUUGAACUAUUGGCUAGUGAUGAUGAAGGGAUGGGGUGUCCCUGGUGUGGCGACUGCAUCUGUUGUGACUAACUUGAUCAUGGUUGGACUUUUGGUUGGAUAUGUCUGGAUGAGUGGAAAGUUGCAUAGAAAAGUUGGUGAUGAUAGUGGCGGCUCUACUACGAUGGCGGUGGCUCAGUCUUCGUCUGUGAUGGAGUUUGUUGGAGGCUUGGGACCAUUAAUGAGAGUGGCGGUUCCGAGUUGUUUGGGGAUAUGUUUGGAGUGGUGGUGGUAUGAGAUAGUGACUGUGAUGGGUGGAUACUUAGAGAAUCCUAAGCUUGCCGUGGCUGCCACCGGGAUUUUGAUUCAAACUACGAGUCUUAUGUAUACAGUUCCUAUGGCUUUAGCUGGAUGUGUCUCGGCUCGGGUUGGGAACGAGCUUGGUGCAGGUAGACCGUACAAGGCAAGGCUAGCAGCGAACGUGGCUCUAGCUUGUGCAUUUGUGAUAGGAGCAUUGAAUGUGGUUUGGACCGUGGUACUAAAAGAGCGUUGGGCUGGACUAUUCACUGGUUACGAGCCACUCAAGGUGUUGGUUGCUUCUGUUAUGCCGAUAGUCGGGUUAUGCGAGCUAGGGAACUGUCCGCAAACCACGGGUUGCGGGAUUCUCAGAGGGACAGGUCGUCCUGCGGUUGGGGCACACGUGAAUCUCGGGUCAUUUUAUUUUGUGGGGACUCCUGUGGCGGUUGGACUAGCGUUUUGGUUGAAAAUUGGGUUUAGUGGGUUGUGGUUUGGGUUGCUUUCGGCUCAAGCUGCUUGCGCGGUCUCUAUAUUGUAUGCGGUUUUGGCCAGGACGGAUUGGGAAGGAGAAGCGGCGAGAGCGAUGAGUCAAUCAAGUUUGGAGAUGAGCAAGGUUGAUAAAGAUGAAGAGUCUUCAUUGUUGUUGUUGGAUGACCAUAACGGGAAUGAUGAGAAGUUGGAUAGUGUUUAACAGUGGGGUGAUCAUAACUCUCAAUUUGUUCUGUGGAUGUGUAGUUUGGUUUGCUUUCUUUUUUUUUCGGUAGCGAUGAAGUGUUGUUCUCACUCGUUUGAUUAAUGUUUAGUUUGUCUCCGCUUCGGUUGUUUUUGGUGAAUUUGCUAAUUGAAUAUCUUGGAAGCUUGAUCA